UCCGUCAGGUUCGUUAGAUUUGAAGACAGCUGGUGUGCAGAGAAAAGAAAGAAAAACUUUUUGAUAUGGCGUAUGGCUCAGAGCUUUAUCAACAGACCAAUUUCACGAUCUGUUUUGUUUUAUUAUGAUUUGACGACAUGGACAUUUUUAAUUUGCUCGCCCGUUUUUUUACAAACGUGACAUGGUUUUGAUAAAUUGAGAAAAGUGCUCAGUGAGUGUGUUGUGUGUGAGUGUCCACGAGUGUGUGUGAAAAUGGAGGGUGGCACUCAGACCUGUCCAGUCUGCACACUGUACCUGAGACCAGGUAUCUCACUGAAGGAGCAUCUGACGAGCCACCCAAAGCAGAAAGUGAUAGAGGCAUUGGUGAAGCUUUCCAAUGUAGAGCCAGACAGGCAAAUUGCCACAGCAUCAAGCAGCAUCCAACCUGGUACUAGUCAGCAGCAAUGGAACCUGCCAAUGAAUGCUCAACCCAUGCACGCCAAUCAUUCGUUCAUCUAUCAGCAGUUCAUGAGCUCGACGACGCCGCAGCCGAACGUGCUGGGCGUCAACCAUCUGGGGCAGCAGUAUGUCACGAUACCGACCGUCUUCAAUCCUCAGAUGAUGUGUCCUCCGCCGCCGUACAUGUACCAGCAGCAGCAGGUCUUUAUGUCGUCGGGUGGACAGCAGAUAGCCGCGAUGCCAAAACCUUUACCUAUUGACAAUUUGCAGGAGCAGGUCUCUACGCCCACCGACGAUGAUGAAGUCGUGGAGCAGCAACUGCAUGUGGAAGAGGGGGAGGAUGUUGCAGAGGUGAUGCAUAAUGUGGAAGAUGAGGAGGUGGAAGAAGAAGAAGAGGAAGAUGAUUUGGAUAAUAGCAAGAAGGAGAUGGAUGGAUUUGAGGUGGAGAGCGACAUCAAGGAAACCGUGAUUAUACAAGGGGAUACUAUAAUUGAGCCGGGUCAGGUUGAUUUAAAUUUCCUCAUGGCUGUGGCUCCUCCUUCUCCACUGCCGCCUCCUCCUUCACUUAUUCCACACCCUCUUCCUACUCCCAUCGACGUUUCAGUUGAGAACGAUGCAAUCAAUUACGAGAAACCACCCAACAAAGAUCUGAACAAAUCCUGUCAGACGACGUACGAUGAAUCGGAUAUAUUCAUCGACAAGGAGGACAUCGUCGAUGAUCCUAAAGAGGAUGAUGACGAUGAAGACGAAGACGAUGAAAAUCGGGAACAUUUGGUGGACGAAGAGGACGAGGAAAUAGAUGAGGAAGAAGAUGAAGACGACGAUGAGGACGAAGACGAUGAAGAUGAUGAGGACGAAGACGAAGAGGAACAUGUAACCACCGCGAAUUACAUAACUCUAAUUAACCACGAGGAGGCGAUGGUCGCAAACGAUGAGAAUGCGGCGCAGCACAACAACAGCAUGAUAAUGGACAUGGAUGGAAUGAACUUGAUGAUCAAUUCCGAUGUGCGGAGGCCGGCAGCUCCAACCCCAGUCGAAGACUUUGAUUAUAUUAAUCGAUACGAUCGGCAGCAGACGACGGGUCCAAAGAUCAGCAUCCACGAGAACGGCGAUGAGAGCGUGUCCGUGGAUAGCGCCAACAUACGUGCCGAUGAACACAUGCCACCCAGAGGCGAACUGUCCGGGCAGGAGAGCAACGCGAGCGACGUGCCUUGGUCGAGGAUGCAAUACCACGAGGGCAAUUCGGCGACAUCCACCAGCUAUAAUACCGACGUUAACGUGCAGGACGGAUGGGAUGGUUCUUCGGACAUGUCCAACUGCGAAGUGCCGCCACUUCAAAGCAGAGUUCCUCCAGCGUACGAGGAAGAUGAGGACGAUGACGACGACGUUCCCACCAUUUCUGGAUGCUCGAAUUCGGGCAUACAAUACAAAUGCUCUAGUUGCGAAGCGAUGUUCAAUACGGUCAAAGACCGAGUUGCUCACCAAGCGUUGAAGCAUCCGAAAGAUAGGAGAGAGGAGGAGACUAAAGUUGUUAAGAGGAGGACUGUGAAGAAGUUGGUUCUAAAAUCGAAGAAGGCCGGCGUAAAAGCCGAAAACACCUUCGACAACGUCUUCACCAAUAAGCUUAACGUGGAGGAGAAUAAAGCCGAUGAAGAGCCUGUGAAGUUGGAAUCCGCUACGCACAAUACCAGCGUCGCUUCGGUGGUGGUGAACCCAACCGUAUGCACCAUAUGCGAUGCCGUCGUGUCUGACAACACCGCUCUGCAGCAGCAUCUCUCCGAAGUUCACAACAUCACAAAUGAGGAGAGGUACAAGUGCAGUAUGUGCAAAGAGGUUUUCGCCAACGAGUCCAAGUACACGGCCCACCUGGCCAUCCAUCCUCUGGAGUGCCGUCUGUGCGGUAAAUUCUUUUAUCGACGGCAGAACCUACAGUUGCACAUGAAGAGGCAUCUCGGAAUCAGGCCGUACAAGUGCACUGUAUGUGACAAGAGUUUCCUAACCAGGCAGAAGUUGGAGGAGCACAAAAACAUUCAUACCGGUGACUCGCCGAUCAAGUGCAAUCUGUGCGACGAGACGUUCAGGCGACAUUCGAACCUGGUGCAACACAAGAACCGGCAUCAUUUCAACGUGAAGAAGAAGGUGAAAGACUACAUAUGUACCUGCGGCGAGAUCUUCCACUCGAAGCGGAAGCUCGCGUGGCACAAGGAGGUGCACGAUAACAAGCCGAAGGCGUGUCCCUACUGCAGCGCCAAGUUCAUCCACGCCUCCAGCCUGACGAGACACGUGCGGCGCGCUCACAACGAUCGGUUCGUCCCCAAAGAGGAGCGAAGCAACGAGAACGUCCAGUGUCCCAUCUGCAAUGGCGUAUUCCUACGGGCCUCGCUGGACGUGCACAUCAAGAAUCACAGCGGCAUCAAGCAAUUUCGCUGCUUAAUCUGUAGCAAAGAUUUCACCACCAAGUGGAACCUGAAACUGCACAAGUGGACACACGCGGCUCGCGCCGCCAAACCUUUCAAAUGUGAACUAUGCAAGGGGGCUUUCAUCCGCGAGACGGACUACACGGCCCACAUGAACUCGCACAAGUCGAUCAGGCCUUACACCUGCAACUACUGCGGCGCCCAGUUUAACCGCAAGUACAACUGUCAGAGGCACGUCAAAGAACACGUGAAGGUUAAGAACUUCAACUGCCAAAUCUGCGGUAAGAGCUUUCACAGGUCAUACUACCUGAAGGAUCACAUGCGCAUCCACAGCGGCGACCGCCCUUAUGCCUGUCACAUCUGCGGCAAGUCCUCCAACUCGAAGAGUAACCACAACAAGCACGUGAAGACGCACCACGCCCGUGAACCUGUCAGCACCGAGAUCUGAUUUCUCUUCUCCUUGUUCAUUUUUUUCUUCUUAGCGUCUAAAACCAAAAGAGUAUAAACUACGUGGCGCUUCAAAGAAAAUUAUCGAAAAACAAAAGUACAUUUCACAUCCCAUCACAUAUUAUGGCCAUGCUUUCUUCGUUUACAAAUCAUCAUCAUAAACGUUGUACUGUGAUUGUUUCUUCAUUUAUAUUUUUU